AUGACUGCCUAUGAUAUCUACUCGGCAACCAGUCUAGCAGUAGCUGGUGGAUAUCCACUGAGGCUUCCUUCUUUAAUAAACCGUACCUGGUACCAGCCACCUGAGUGCUCCGAGUUUGUGCCUUGUUUCAAAUUUGACACACACUUUUCGAAAGAACCAGCAGAAGGGAGGGGGUAUCAACAGUAUUUAAUACCUUUCCAGUUUUAUCUUCGGAAGAACUGGAUCAUGGACUGGGAAGGGCUUCUCCAAGAGUUCAGUUCCAAAAUAAUGAAAUGGCAACUGUCUUCAUCUUGCUUUGAACAGGAAUGCGGGAAUACCUUUUUUGCGGUAUUGUCUGGUUUCAAUUUCCUUUUUUAG